AUGGUUUCGGGGCUUCGGGCGGAGGAAAUCCCGGCGGAUUCGCCGGAGGCGUGGCUGCGUCGUCUGACGGUGAAGACCGAGCCGGCGGAGGAUGCGACGACCGGCGGCAGCAGCAGCGCCGCCGCCGCCACUGCUGCUGCUGCUGCUCGUCGCUGCAGCAAGAGAGAGGGAGGGAAGCAGCUGAAGGAGAAGAAAGAAAAAAAAGAGGGCCCCCGGAAGCCCCCGAAGGCGGAGCGGAUUCUCAUGCCCCGCGAAGACCCGGUGUACAGGCCGGCGCUGGCCCCUUCGCAGCUGCCCCUGGGCUUUUCGCAAGUGGCCAACAGAGGCGAAGAGAGUUUCAGCGAGCAGCAGCAGCAGCUGCUGGCUCUGGGGGCCCCUGGGGAGAAGGGGCUGUGGCGCAUGCAUGCGCGCAGCGGGCUCAAGUACCGCAAGGGCCCCUUCACGCAGGAGGAGCAGCAGCUGCUGCGGGAGGCGCUGCAGCAGUUCGCGCAGCAGGAGGGCCUGGGCUCUGCGGAGGAGGCGGCUCGCAGCCUGGCGAGCAGCGGGGGCCCCCCGGGGGGCCCCCCGGGGGGCCGCAAACUGGGGAAGAGCUGCCGGCCUUCGGCAUCCCCUGGCGCCGCAUUCAGGCGGAGAGCUUCCCGCAGCAAACGCAUGCGUUCUUGA